GGAGCCUCGCUUUCACACAACCUAGACAUUAAUUCGAGAAAUAAUGAAGAUUACACGUUGUUAAUGAUCGCUACCAUAGCUGGCAAGAACAGAACAGUUCAUUAUCUUUUGGGUAAAGGAGCAGAUCCCUCCUUGACCGAUCAGAAUGGAGCAAAUGCUCUGCACUUAGCUUCCCUUCUUGGUCAUGUCAACAUCAUUGAGACACUACUGUCAAGUGGUCUAAACAUCAAUCAGAAAAGUAGUGAUGGAAAGACACCUUUGAUGCUCUCUUGUUGUCAGGGUAAGAGUAAUGCCGCGUGUUGUCUUUUAGAGAAUGGAGCAAAUCCAUUCAUCAGAGAUACUUCACAAAUGAAUGCACUACAUGCAGCUUCACAAGGUGGUACAGUUACCAUCAUCGAAACUCUGUUGUCUCGCGGACUUGACAUCGAUUCAAAAGACAGAUAUGGGGACACACCUUUAAUAUUAGCUUGUAGGUCUGGAAAGGGCGAAAUUGUUGAUCAUCUUCUAGAAAAAGGAGCAAAUCCUUUCCUGAAAGGCCUAGGAGGUGGAAACUCUCUGCACGCUGCUGCAGAAAGUGGUAAUGUCGCCAUCAUCGAGCUAUUGAUAUCGCAUGGCCUACCCGUCGAUUCUAAAGAUGGUCACGAUAAGACUCCGUUAGCGAGCGCUGCCAUAAAUUGCAAGAUGGAAGCUGUUAAUUGUCUUUUAGACAAGAAAGCCGAUCCCUUUUUGAAAACCUUCACAGAAGAUAGUUUACUGCACUACGCUUCAAGGGGUGGUAAUCUCGCCAUCAUCAAGACAAUACUAUCACAUGGUUUGGACGUGGAUUCAAGAAAUAUUUAUGGCAGUACACCAUUGGCAUAUGCUGUGUUAGGUGGCAAAUCUGAUGCUGUUUCUUCUCUUUUAGCUAAGGGAGCAGAUCCCUUGAAAAAAGAUCGAUACGGAAGAAAUCUACUGCAUAAAGCUGCGGAAGGUGGUCAAAUCCACAUAAUCGAGAUAUUCCUGUCACGUGGUAUUGAUGUGAAUUCAAAAGACUCUUUUAAUGCCACACCUUUACUUAUUGCUGCUGGUUUUGGCAAGAUUGCGGCCGCGCAUUUCCUUUUAAGAAGGGGAGCAGAUGCCUUUGCGAAGGGCUUCGCUGGAAGAAAUGUAUUGCACGACGCUUCACGCCAUGGUAGUGUAACCUUGAUUGAUACAGUCCUGUCAUUUGGUGUUGAUGUAAAUUCAAAAGACGACAAUGGUCUCACAGCGUUACAACUAGCACAGGAAAAGAGAAAAACUGCAGCGGUAAACUUCCUUCUUAGCAAGGGAGGACAUGCAGCUUCACAGGGUGGUACAGUCGCCGUCAUCGAAACUCUGUUGUCUCGCGGACUUGACAUCGAUUCAAAAGACAGAUAUGGGGACACACCUUUAAUAUUAGCUUCUAGGUACGGAAGGGGCGAAAUUGUUGAUUGUCUUCUACAAAAAGGAGCAAAUCCUUUCUUGAAAGGCCGAGGAGGUGGAAACUCUCUGCACUCUGCUGCAGAAAGUGGUAAUGUCGCCAUCAUCGAGCUAUUGAUAUCGCAUGGUCUACCCGUCGAUUCUAAAGAUGGUCACGAUAAGUCUCCGUUAGCCAUCGCUGCCAUAAAUUGUAAGAUGGGAGCUGUUAAUUGUCUUUUAGACAAGAAAGCCGAUCCCUUUUUGAAAAACGUCACAGAAGAUAGGUUACUACACUACGCUUCAAGUGGUGGUAAUCUCGCCAUCAUCAAGACAAUACUCUCACAUGGUUUGGACGCGGAUUCAAGAAAUAUGUAUGGCAAGACACCAUUGGCAUUUGCUGCGUUACGUGGCAAAUCUGAUGCUGUUUCUUUUCUUUUAGCUAAGGGAGCAGAUCCCUUGAAAAAAGAUCGAUAUGGAAGAAAUCUACUGCAUUCAGCUGCGGAAGGUGGUCAAAUCGACACAAUAGAGAUAUUCCUGUCACGUGGUAUUGAUGUGAAUUCAAAAGACUCUUUUAAUGCCACACCUUUACUUAUUGCUGCUAGUUUUGGCGAGAUUGCGGCCGCGCAUUUCCUUUUAAAAAGGGGAGCAGAUGCCUUUGCGAAGGACUUCGCUGGAAGAAAUGUAUUGCACUACGCUUCACAGCAUGGUAGUGUAACCUUGAUUGAUACAGUGCUGUCAUUUGGUGUUGAUGUAAAUUCAAAAGAUGACAAUGGUCUCACAGCGUUACAACUAGCACAGGAACAGAGAAAAACUGAAGCGGUAAACUUCCUUCUUAGCAAGGGAGGACGUUAGUUUUUUUCUAGCUUGCCUGAGCUCCUGCCGGGUUUCAGAUUUACGACCGAUAAACUUUGAAAUAGCUUCUACGUACAAAAUAAUUGCGGUCCAUAAAAGGCACAAUAAUUACAAAAGUUAUUAUCGUGCCUUGGAUAGUUAUAACUACUAGACCUCUAAUUUUUUAGGCAUGAUAAAUGAUUCUAUUUCUUGAGGCUAAUAUCCAGCCAUCUUGACCGAACAACCUUGGUUACUAGAGGAUUUAUUAUAUUGCAAAAAGAUUUCGCUAUAUCUAGAAUUAAGAAUGACCUUUUAAGUUCGAGAGUCGGGAAAGAAAGGCAACUGUGUUUGUAGCACAACAGACUCACGAGAAUGGUUUCUAUUUUCGUUGUUUUGACUAUCUUCUGCCACUUUUGCGUUUCCAUCGCCGACAUUGUCGCACAAUUACGAACGUAAUUGUAAUUCGAGUUUUUGCAAAGGCGGGAUCAAUGCAGGUGAUCCCGAGCGGGUAAGAUAGGCCUAUCUUGCCCGCUCGGGACUGCCCGCAUUGAUCCCACACAUGAAAAAAAUUUGAUUAGAACUAAACUAGCAAAGUAGCAGAGUGUAGUAUGUGUGUUCAUCAAAUUACGCUGACCGUCAAGUUAUUUAACUUCCCUCAGUUAGCGAGGAAAUUCUCUGGGUAGUUGACGAUCAGGAAAGGUUCUAUUGAACCAAACUUUUGUCUGAUUGCUUUUAACAUAAGGCUGACAGUAUGCUUGAUACUCCCUCUGAAAAAAGAAAACAAAGUGUAACGAGCCUUUGAGUCAACAUAACGUAUUUCCCAGAAUAAGAUCCCAAGCUUUGAUAAGCGCGCUCUCUAAAAUAAGAACCCUUCCCCAGGCCAUAAAAGAGACUUUAAGCAGUCAGGACGGCAACGCCA